CGUGGGAUGCUCCCGUCGCUGCACAGCUCUGCGGGCAGGGGCGGUGCUGCCCAGGUGGCGGGGCCGGGCCGCCCCUCCUGCCUGGCUCGGAUUACCUGGGCGGGCCGGCCCGGCCCGUCCCGUCACGCCGCCCUUCCCGGCUGGUCCGGCCCCUUGACGGGAAGUGGGAGCGAGGGGCCGCGCCGGGGCGGCCGAGCCAUGGCUGUGGCCGGAGCAGCUCCGCUGCCCUGCCCGCUGCUCCUCGCCGUCUGCUGGGUGGUGGCCGCGGGGACGGCGGCAGGAGCAAAAGUUCUUCCAUCUCCAUCCAACUUGAACUAUUCAUUUACCCAUAUCUGUACUCUGAACUGGACAUGGAACCCCCCAGAGAAUGUCAGCAGUAGCUGCAACCUGUGGUAUUCCAGUGACAUCAUCAUUAAUGGCGUUCCUGAGGACAGAAGAGAAUGGAGCAAGAGCCGCUUCCGUGUGACGGAUGCGCACUUGAAUGAGGAAAUGCGCCUCAGAGUGAGGAGUGAGUGCAAGAAUGACAGCACCAGCGAGCCCAGCCCCUGGGUGGAGACCUCCCUUCUGCCAAAAGGUAUUCCAGGCACUGCUGCUGUUGACUUGGGCUGUGUUUGGCACAAUUUGGAGUACAUGGCUUGUACCUGGCGGCGUGGGGAGAACGCAAGCAGCGACACCAACUACACUUUGUUCUACUGGUUUGAUGGCUUGGAAAAUGCUAAGAACUGUAGCCACUCCUCUGUAGACCAAGGAAUCUUUGAAUGCAUUUUCAAUCUUACCUUCCCAAAAGACAGAAGAACUUAUCCUGCUAUAAUUAUUUUGAUUAGAGGUGAUUCUGAAGAAGUUAGGCCUGUGUGUGCAAGUAAAAAUCCUACCACCCUUGUAAAACCUACCACACCAAGACAGUUGACAUUGUCAAAGACUAAUGAUAGAAUUGAUGUAAAAUGGAGUGAAUCAGAAACAUUUCCAAGAAGUUGUUUAAAUUAUGAAGUUAAAUAUUGCAAUGGUGAUUCGGACAAUGGUCAGAUCAUUGCAUCUGAAGUGAAUUCUGUGUCAAUUGCUGGCAUUGAUCCUAACAGCAAGUACACCUUCAAAGUGAGAGCAAAGCCAAAGCGGGAUUGUUACAACAGCCACCUCCAAAGUGACUGGAGUGAGGAAAAGAGCAUUGGUGAGAAGAGGGACUCUACAAUCUAUUUUGUUCUAAUAAUUACCAUUCCAUUAAUAGUAGCAGUAUCUACAAUAAUUCUACUGGUUUAUCUAAAAAGGUUGAAGAUAUUAAUUCUUCCACCAAUUCCAGACCCUAGAGAAAUUCUUAAGCGCAUGUUUGGAGAGCAGAACGAGGAUUCCCAGAGCUCUGCAAAGGAUGAUCCCAUGAAUGCUUUUGACAGGUUAAUUAUAGAAGAAGAAAUUCAUUCUUUAAUUUUAACAGAAACUUCAGAGAGCAGUAAUCCUGAAAAAGAAAACAGGUAGACUCUGCUUUGUCAGUGAAAGAGGAGGAGGCUGAUCCUGCUCCUGUACCUCAGGUGACUGUAGAUGUGAAGAGCUGCGAGGCACUGGCCAGCUCUGACCUCACUGGCUCCUCCUCUCAAGAUGCAUCACAAACAGUGGCUGUUCUUCUGUCUCUGCCAGAAAUCCUCAUCUGAGCUCAGUCAAGAUGAGCAUGUGUGUAAUUCCAUGGGACUGCAUUGUGGGUUCCCUGCUCUGGCUUCAGGCAGCUCUGCCCUGUUACUUGCCACUUGCACUUGUGUUUGUGCCUCACACCAGACUGCCAGGGUUUUUUUGUUUGUUUUGAGCAAGCACUGUGACUUCUCUGAAGUAUUUGGCUCUGUUUGCAGUAGGUGGGAUGGGUCAUUAGUGCUACCACGUGGAGAUGCUGCCAGAGCAUGGACUGCUUGUGGAUAACCCUUUGUGUGCCUGGGCUGAGCACUCUCUGGAGGGCAUUUAUGGACUGAGCUUCUUGUGCUUCUGCCCAUCAGCUGGGGCUCGGUCAAAUCCCACCAAAGAGGGCAUUUUUAAAAUUUGAAAAUAUGUAUGAAAAGCCUCUGCUUUCCAGCUGGUGUUCAGAAUAUUCAUGAAACAGGCUUAGUUUGUUAUCCUGUCAAUUGCCUGUCCUCAGAUGCCUUGCCUUCACGGACUUCUUGGGUUAAUUGUACUUUGUUUAAAAUGAGAAAUAGUUUUGUUUUUUUUUUUUUUUUUAACUUGUUCUGUGCAGUAGCAGGUAACUGUAUUGAGUCUCUCCAGACUGUGAUUCUACUUUGGCCAUAUUGGCCUGAAGACACCUGAUUUUUAGCAGCUAAGUUGUCCUGAGCCUGUCCAGCAGAAAUGUCAGGAUGGAUGCAUGAGUCUAAAGAGUUGUGGUCAAACUCAUUAGCAAAUAUUAAACCAACUAAUUCAAAGGUUUCAAGAUCCAUCCUUACUGCCAAACUGAUGGAUUUGUGGAAGAGGGGGUGACAACCUUGACCUGUUUUCUAAGAGAUAAGUUUUAUUCUUUCUAUAGUGAUGAGACUGAUUUGAGCUUCCCCUCUAGGACUUAGCAAUGUAAAACAAGGUGCUGAUUUGACUUUUUAAAAAAGAUUUCUUCUAUAUUUUACUGUAACAGUUUGACAGGUGUUUUUGUUGUUGUUUUGUUCAUUCUGUGAUGGUUUUGUUUUGAGGGUUCUUUGCCCAGCAAAGCUCAGCAGGUGUUUUAUGAACAACUGUGACAUUUUUCUGCUCUGCAUUCUCAGCAUUAGUUUCUGCCCUGUGCUGCAAGGGUGGUUACAGUGGUACCUUGAUUGUGCUGGAGGAAGAAGAUAAUGGAAUGGAGAGAAAAGGAUCCAUGGAAGCCCUUUAUGGUUAGUGCUCAGGGAUUUCUUGCUCCUUCCAGAUAAGUGUAGACAUGUGAGUCAUGGACAUGGGCAGUCUUGGCAUGGGAAGAGAUCUCCUGAUAGGCUUUCUAGGAGCAGACUUUAUAGCUACUAACCUUUUAAAGUUCAUCCCUGUCUUCAAACUCCAUUCAGUCAAAAAAGUGAAACUAAAUGCUAUUAUUUUUGGAACAUAUUGUUCUGCCAGAAGUAGAACGAGUGCUACAUGCUUGUUAGCUACAGAUGUGCAUUUUUUAUGCACUUAUGCAUUCCUUCCUUAUAAUAAAUCCAGUUAUUUCCCCAUUGUUCCACUGAGCCUCUCAAAUACAGUUUUUUCCAUGUCUCUUAUCCUCCUUUUGUUAGUGGUAGAAAGGGGAGGAGAAAUGUAGCAGAACUAGCAGACCCCCUAUUAGCAUAUGCCUUUUACCUCCAGUCAGGCUAAAAAAACCCCAACAUUAUAAAAAUUAGUGAAUGAGACAAAAUAAAAAUAAAGCCUCAGGGAUUUCAGUGGGAAAAAAACUCAGGUUAUACAGUCAGCUAGUAGCACUCUCUGAAAUUCCAGAGAUUAAGGAAUAGCAUGAGGAAAACAGUAAUUAUAUUCCUUGCUGAAUUCAUUCCCUCUGCAACAUUGAUGUCAUUAUAAUGAUAAAUAUUCCUUCAAUCUACCUCAUCUGGAAUGUUGCUCAACAUAGACCACUAGACAGAAAUGUAUAGUUUCAAGAUAAGUAAGCAUAACAGUAUAUUAUAAAGUUUUGUAGCUUUUAGCAUAGCAAUCUAGGACAAUCAGUACCUACCCCUAAAUUCUUUUGACUUUUAUGCUGGUGUCUAUGACAAAACCAAAAUUUAUUUGCUUUUAAAAAAAAACAAACCAACAAAAAAUCCCAAACAUAUCGUAAAGCCAUAGAAUGGGAAAAAAAAAAAAGAAAAAGGAUGGAAGGUGUUAGGCCGAAAGGAAGAUUUAAAUGGUAAGGAUGGUUUAAGUCACUAUAUAGAAAGGUUUUGAAUAACACUAGUUGAUGCUUUCUGAUGGAUUCAUUUGUUGAGCCUGUGUUUCAGCAUGUAAAGCAAGUGUCUGGAUAUACUUUCACCUUUAAUAUGUUUUUUUUUUAAGGUAAGAGGUUUUUUUAGCUUGAAAUUAUCCACAUCUUGCUAUGAUUUUUUUUUUCUUCAUUGCAGUUACUUGACGUGUAAAUUUGUUCAAAGAGUGAAUAAAUGUGAUUGAAUGCUUUUCAGUGUAAUGGCAUGGCAUUUUGUUCUUGGGUUGAGGAGAUUGAACUGAGGCCAAAGAGAUGGAUUUUCAAUGAGGAACCAUGUUUGAAGCAUGCAGAACCCAGAGAAGAAAAGCUGAGUUGCUUUGCCCUCUUCCCUUUUAAGAGUGAGCUUGGCCCACACAGCGUUGUGGAUGCACUGCAGUGUCUGUGCUUUUGGUUGGGAUAGUGGAACAGAGAUGGAGCUGAGCAAAAAGUUUGGGCUGUCACCCUCUGUACUCAAGGCCAUUCUACUUUCUGACAUUGGCAUGUUAUUUUAACACCACAGAGUUAAUAAGCCAUCAAACUGGAAUUUGACUGAAAUUGCUGCAGCCUUCCCCACUGUAUCUUCAGUGUUUUUCAUCUUUGUUAGCUGCUGGGGUUAUUGAAAAUGCCAGGUUGCUGAACUGCUGAAAGCCAUCAACUUGUUGCUUAGACCCAAGUAUAUUGAAGUGCCAAAUAAACACAUUAGUAAUGCCUUCUUGGAAAGAUUCAGAGAGAAUUCUUAGUUCCCUUCAGUGAGCAGAUCAUUCAAAAUUAAGAUAUAAACCAUGACAUCAAAAGCAAGACUUUCAUGUUUCUCUUUCACAAUUCUACAGUUUUGAUGGUAAUAAUGACUAACAAUGAUUUUAAUCACUCCUCGUAAGUGACCUUUUCCUAUUUUAAUACAUUCUGUUAAAUAAUCUAAGCUUUCUGUAUUUGGCAUCAUUGAAAAAUGAACAAUUAAUUUCAAUUUUUUUUGUUCAUUUUUUUCGGUUAAGGAAUUACAUGACACAGUUGAAAGAAGUUUUAGGGGAACACACAGAAGUGUAGGUCACAGUGUUUCAGUGCUUACUGGGUCGAACUGUUCACAGGUUGGGUAUUUCCAUUCACUGGAAAUUAUUCAAUAA